GUGGUUUCAUCCCAACAUCAGCGGAAUUGAGGCAGAGAAGCUGCUCCUGACCAGGGGUGUCCAUGGCAGCUUUCUGGCUCGACCCAGUAAGAGCAACCCAGGAGAUUUCACUCUCUCGGUCAGAAGAAACGAUGAGGUGACGCACAUUAAGAUCCAGAACACAGGGGAUUACUAUGACCUGUACGGAGGUGAGAAGUUUGCCACCCUUGCAGAGCUGGUACAGUACUACACGGAGCAGCAGGGACUGCUGCGGGAGAAGAACAGCAAUGUCAUCGAGCUGAAGUAUCCUCUCAACUGCCAGGACCCCACCUCGGAGAGGUGGUACCACGGGCAUCUCACCGGCAAGGAGGCAGAGAAGCUUCUGACAGAGAAGGGGAAACCAGGUAGUUUUCUGGUGCGAGAAAGCCAGAGCAAACCAGGAGACUUUGUAUUGUCGGUGCUGACAAAUGAGGAUAAGAUGGAAACUGGGGACCGGAAACCACACGUGACGCACGUGAUGAUCCACUACCAGCCAGACGGGAAGUAUGACGUGGGAGGAGGCGAGAGGUUUGACACGCUCACAGACUUGGUGGAGCACUAUAAGAAAAACCCCAUGGUGGAGAAAUCUGGAGCUGUGGUUCAUCUGAAGCAGCCGUUCAACGCCACGCGCAUCAACGCAGCUAACAUUGAAAACAGAGUGAAGGAGCUGAACAAAAUGGCAGACCACAGUGAGAAGGCCAAGCAAGGCUUCUGGGAAGAGUUUGAGAUGCUGCAGCAACAAGAGUGCAAGCUCCUCUACCCCAGGAAGGAGGGCCAGCGACCAGAGAACAAGGCUAAGAAUCGCUAUAAGAACAUCCUUCCCUUCGAUACCACACGGGUGGCACUCCGAGAUGUGGAUGAGAGCGUGCCUGGCUCGGACUACAUCAAUGCCAACUAUAUCAAGAGCAUCCCUGAAGAUGGAAGGAACUCGGAGCACUGCAAGAUCUAUAUAGCCACCCAGGGCUGCCUGCAGACGACGGUGAAUGACUUCUGGGCCAUGGUUUAUCAGGAGAACAGUCACGUCAUUGUCAUGACAACCAAGGAGGUGGAGCGGGGCAGGAACAAAUGCUUCCGUUACUGGCCAGACAAGAGUUGCACCAAGGAAUACGGGUGCAUCUGUGUGCGAAACGUGAGCGAGCGUGAGGCCCAGGGCUAUUACCUUCGGGAGCUGGAGAUCUCACGGACUGACAGGGAUGAGCGCCCAAGGCUGGUGAAGCACUAUCAGUAUUUUAGCUGGCCAGACCAUGGGGUGCCCAAUGAACCAGGAGGGGUUCUGAGCUUUCUGGACCAAGUGAAUCGGGCACAGCGAAGCAUUCCGGACACGGGGCCGAUCAUCGUGCACUGCAGUGCUGGAAUAGGACGCACAGGCACCAUCAUAGUGAUAGAUAUUCUGGUGGAUAUUAUUCACAGGCAAGGUUUGGACUGCGAUAUCGACAUCCCCAAAACUAUCCAGAUGGUACGCAGGCAGCGUUCGGGCAUGGUGCAGACAGAGGCGCAGUACAAAUUUGUUUACAUGGCUGUUCAGCAGUACAUUGAGGCUGAGCAGAAGAGGUUGGAAGAAGAACAGAGGAAUAAAAGGAAAGAGCGAGACUACUUGAAUAUUGGCUACUCUCCUAUGGAAAAAGGCAGAGCCAAGGGGCAGCCCCCUUCGCCACGGACCCAGCCUGGGGUUGACGAUGAGUCGGCUUCCGUCUACGAGAAUCUUAACGUCAAAAGCCCAAAGGUUUCAGGGAUGAGUAAUACAGGGCGAUAA